CUGACUCGAGAUCAGCGGAACCUGGAGGUGGAAUCCGUCAACAUCAGGCCCGAGGUCCAGAACGUCUGGAUGAUAGCAGACAGAUAGGAGGCGUUUUCUCUCACACGCACGGACACGCACACGCACACACACACACUGCACCGCUCCCCCAGCGACAACAUGGAUCUGCACAUCUUGGACCACAGACUCCGGGUCACCAGCAUAGCCAAGAACGGGCUGGUGAAUUUCACACACCCGCUGAUCAAGCUGAUCUUCCUCCGGAACAGGACACGAUGCAAGUUUUUCAGCCUGACAGAGACGCCAGAGAACUACACAGUCGUCCUUGACGAGGAAGGAUUCAAAGAGCUGCAGCCCUCGGAGCACCUCAAGGUAGAAGGCUCCAUCUGGCUGCCGCUCAACGUGGUCUCCAACGGUAACGCCUCCAGCAGCUCACAGGCUGUCGGCGUGACCAAGAUCGCCAAGUCGGUCAUCGCCCCUCUGGCCCAGCAGCACGUCUCGGUCUUCAUGCUGUCCACUUAUCAGACCGACUUCAUCCUGGUGCGAGAGAAAGACCUGUCUGUCGUCGUCAGCACUCUGGAGGAGGAGUUCAACAUCUACAGGGAGUUGGGAGGAGAGUCGGAGCCGGUGCACUGCCAGGAUGUUUCCGGCUGCCACCAGAAGAACGGCAAAGAAGCGAUCCUACCCACAGUCCAUCCGGUGCUGAUCCCCCAGAACCACUUCUGUGUCAUGUCUCUGGACCCGGACACGCUGCCGUCCAUCGCCACCACGCUAAUCGACGUGCUCUUCUACUCCAGCAGCCCUAAAGAGGACACACUCUCGUCUCCCAACCAGGACUUGGACUUCAUCAAGUUCUUCUCCUUCUCCCUCAUCGACGGCUACAUCUCACUGGUGAUGGACACCGAGGCUCAGAGACAGUUUCCCGCGGACCUUCUCUUCACCAGCUCCUCGGGAGAGCUGUGGAGGAUGGUGCGUAUCGGAGGACAGCCGCUCGGCUUUGACGAGUGCGGUAUCGUUGCCCAGAUUUCUCAGCCUCUCGCCGACAGCGACAUUUCGGCCUAUUACAUCAGCACCUUCAGCUUCGACCACGCGCUGGUCCCUGAGGAGGACAUAGUGAGUGUGACGGACAUGCUGCUGCAUCAGAGGAAGGAACCAGCCAGCAGCUGAUCUCCGGAGUCCCAUUUAAGACCCCACCCUGCCCAUUCCCACCCUCUCACUC